AUGACAGUUGUUCCAAAAAAAUGGCGGCGAUUGGAAUGUGUGAAACACCCGGCUGCAAAUCUAUUGCUCAAUUGCAAUGUCCGACAUGCAUAAAACUCGGAAUACAAGGCUCGUUUUUCUGUAAUCAGGACUGCUUCAAGAAAUCUUGGAAGAAUCACAAAAUAAUUCACUCGUUGGCGAAGGGUGAGAGUACAGAUGUGUCUAAUGUGGAAUAUAACCCGUGGCCGUCUUUCACGUAUACUGGCAAGCUGAGGCCGUUCCCGCCGGGGCCGAAGCGCACGGUCCCGCCGCACAUUGGCCGUCCCGACUAUGCUGAUCACCCGACCGGCUUCCCCGCGUCUGAGAACGCUGCGAAGGGUUCCGGACAGAUCAAAGUGCUGGAUGAUGAGGAGAUCGAAGGCAUGCGCGUCGCUUGUCGCCUCGGCAGGGAGGUGCUUGACGAGGCUGCCAGAGUAUGUGAUGUGGGAGUGACUACAGAGGAAAUAGACCGCAUUGUCCACGAGGCUUGCAUUGAGCGGGAGUGCUACCCCAGUCCGCUGAACUAUCACAACUUUCCCAACAGCUGUUGCACCUCCGUCAAUGAGGUUAUCUGCCAUGGAAUACCAGAUCUACGUCCUCUGGAGGAUGGUGACAUCUGCAAUGUGGAUGUAACAGUGUAUCACCGAGAGUUCCACGGUGAUCUGAAUGAGACAUUCUUGGUUGGUAACGUACCAGAAUCAAGCAGGAAGCUUGUUCAAGUCACGUACGAGUGCUUAGCUAAAGCAAUCGAGAUUGUGAAGCCUGGAGAGAAGUACAGGGAAAUUGGCAAUGUUAUUCAGAAGCAUGCUCAAGCAAAUGGACUGAGUGUUGUGCGGUCCUAUUGCGGUCAUGGUAUACAUAGGCUGUUCCACACUACACCCAAUGUGCCCCAUUAUGCCAAAAACAAAGCAAUUGGCGUGAUGAAGCCUGGACAUUGCUUCACCAUCGAGCCGAUGAUUAAUGAGGGCGGGUGGCGUGAUGAGCAGUGGCCUGACCACUGGACCGCCGUCACUGCUGACGGCAGCCGCUCUGCUCAGUUUGAACAAACUCUGCUGGUAACAGAGACGGGUUGUGACAUCCUGACACAACGCUCAACUGGCAGGCCGUGGUUCAUGGACCAACUCGAGAAACUCAACGCCAAAUCUUAGGGACCACUACCCAGAGCUGCGUCUACGCUAGGAGAGCCGAGCCCGAGCGGAGCACGCGCCGAACACAAUUCGUCUACUGCGGACCAACUUACAAGCCUCUAACGAGCGCGCAAGAGCAUUUCGUUCGUGCUCGGCGGCGUUCCGCCUGUUGUCGGUUUUUGACGAACACAAAGGGAUUUGCUAACAGUGAUCGUUGUAGGUUCGUUGUACGUCCACACUUGACGCCGCGAACGACAAGCCGAGAACGACUCCGCUUGUGCUUCGUUCGUGCUCGGUUCGUCUAGCGUAGACCUUAGGAUAGUAAAAAUAAAUUGAAACAACUUUAGGUGGACUUUGCAUGAACUUGUCUCAGAGUUUGAGACAUGGUAUAUAUAUGUAUUUACAGCUUUAAUUUGGAAUGAGGAUAAUUAAUUAUUACACUCACUAGUGCUCCUAAAUAAUUGGAUUUACUUUGUCCAACUGACCGGCCAUUUCGGCUUUUUCACUUAUCUGAAAUCGAGUGAACAAGGUUCACUUUUAUACUAUUUUAAAUAUGUGCAAAUUGGCCUAUGACUGAAAUUCGAAAAGUGCACUUAAUGUACAUUUCAGGGUCAUUUUAUAAUGAUUUUGCACUAUUCAUGUCUCAAAUGCUAAGACUGUCCAUUGUAAAAUGCAAGUAUUUUUUGUAAGUUAUUUGUACAGAUUUUUGGCAAUUAUUUCAACUAUGUUUUAUUUGUAAGCUAUUCAUGUUUAGCAUAACUUGCUACGAUUGGUUUUACCUAGACUAUGUAGGUACAUUUAUGAAUUAACUCUCUAUUUUAAAGAGGAAUAUGAAAUGCUAAUUGUAUUCUAAAAGAUUUGAAUUGUGUCAGGUAGUACUCAAAAUUAAUUUUAUAGAAUAGACAUACUGUAUAAACAUUUAACAUAUUAAAAUGUGUUGAAGAUCACCAAUAUUCAAACUCAAUGCAAAUAUUAUGCUGUAGCCAAUUUACGAAUUUAAUGUAAUUUGUGAAUGGCACACGUAGGCGCUUGCACAUGUGGUGAGCGCCUGAGUCUAAAAAUAAACUCGACCCAAGAUUGCAAGUGAAUCGUCGUAAUGGUAAAAAAUACCACUAAUUAAGGUUGCUUCUCAAUUUUAUUUAGAUUUCAUAAUAUGCAAUUAUUUGCAUAAAUUUUAUAGUUUUUAUCUUGGUGUACAAUGGUUAAGACCAGAAGUGGACGAGAAUCGUCGUUAAACCAAAUUUACAAUAAUGUUUAUGAGAAAUGGAAUUUUGUAAAUUGUAAUAGCGAUAAAUGAUACAAUAAAGAAAACUGUAAAGUUA